GAGGGACACAGCUGAAAGUGAAAGUAUUUUGUGCAGGUAGUUCAGACUCAGUCUUAAGUCAACAGAGCAGCAGGCUGGGAACACGAGAAGAUGAAUGGUUUGGAGGAUAAAGAGGACAGAGCAGAGUCUCUCGCAUCUGGCUGUCUGUCCAUGAGGAGUGACUGGUCCAAAGAUAUUCCUUUAUUCUUCAGUAAGGAACCCCGACCAUCAGACAUAAAGCAGAAAGCAGAGUCUCCAGUACCCAGCUGUCUGUCUGUGAGCAGUGACUGGUCCAGAAUCACUCCUCCAACCUUCAGUAAUGAACCUGGACCCUCAGGCACAAAAGAGAAGAAGAGGAGCCACGACUCUGUGGAGCAUCAGCUGUCCUGCUGUGCUUUGUGUCAGGACAUCCUGAAGGAUCCAGUCUCCACCAGCAACACGUCAUACUGGGACCAGUCUGCUUCAACAGGAGAUUCCCCCUGUCCUCAGUGUGGACAAAGAUCCAGAAGAAGACCUGGACUGCAGACCAGCAGUCAGACCAGCAUUGUACAAACAGUUGAUCUGCAGGAGGUUGUAGAUGAGCAUAAGAUCAGUCUGAAGAGAAGAUAUGAACGUGUGACUGAAGGACAUCUUGAAACAGGAAGUGGAACCCUCCUAAACAGGGUCUACACUGAGCUCUACAUCACAGAGGGACAGACUGAAGAGGUUAAUACCCAACAUGAGGUUUGGCAGCUUGAGACAGCUUCUAAGAUGGAGACCCUCCAUGACACUCCAGUCAAGUGCCACGACAUCUUUAAAGCCUUACCUGACCAACAGGGACACAUCAGAGUUGUUCUGACAAACGGUGUUGCUGGCGUUGGAAAAACCUUCACAGUGCAGAAGUUCACUCUGGACUGGGCCGAAGGUUUGGAAAACCAAGAUGUCAGUCUAGUGGUUCUGCUUUCGUUCAGGGAGCUGAACUUGAUCAGAGAUGAGCAGUGCAGUCUUCUCACACUGAUCCAUGUUUUCCAUCCAACAUUACAGAAGGUCACAGCAGAGGAGCUCGCUGUCUGUAAAGUUUUGUUCAUCUUUGACGGCCUGGACGAAAGCAGACUUACACUAGAUUUCCACAACUAUGAGGUCUUGGUUGAUGUCACACAAAAGUUGUCACUGAAUGUGCUGCUGACAAACCUCAUAAAGGGGAAUCUGCUUCCCUCUGCUCUCAUCUGGAUAACUUCCAGACCUGCAGCAGCCAAUCAGAUCCCUCCUGCAUGUGUUGACAGGAUAACAGAAGUAAGAGGCUUCAGUGAUGCCCAGAAGGAGGAGUACUUCAGGAGGAGAGUCAGUGAUGAAGAGCUGUCCAGCAGAGUCAUCUCACACAUCAAGACAUCCAGGAGCCUCCACAUCAUGUGUCUGAUCCCAGUCUUUUGCUGGAUCACUGCGUCAGUUUUGCAGCACAUGUUGACUACAGAGCAGAGAGGAGAGCUGCCAACGACCCUGACUGACCUGUACUCACACUUCCUGCUGGUUCACACAAAGAGGAAGAAACACAAGUAUGACGAGACAAGUCCACAGGAGCUGACAGAGGCUGACAGGGAAGUUCUUCUGAAGCUAGGGAGGCUGGCGUUUGAACAUCUGGAAAAAGGAAACAUCAUGUUCUACCAAGAAGACCUGGAGCAUUGUGGUCUGGAUGUCAAAGAGGCCUCGGUGUACUCAGGAGUUUGUACAGAGAUCUUCAGAAGAGAGAGUGUGAUCUUUCAGAAAACAGUCUACUGCUUCGUCCAUCUUAGUGUUCAGGAGUUUCUGGCUGCGCUCUACAUGUUUCACUGUUAUACCAAGAGAAACACAGAGGUACUGGAGAAUUUCCUGGGAAAAGACUGGAACUACAAACACAGAGACCCAAACUCAAAGUAUUUUCUCAAGUUUUCUAAGUAUUUUGAAAAAAACGGAGAUGAAUACUGCAAUUAUAUCAAUUACACUGACUCAUCCCUGGAUGUCUUCCUGAGGAGAGUAAUGAUGAAAUCACUUGAAAGUAAAAAUGGUCACCUGGACUUAUUUGUGCGCUUCCUUCAUGGCCUCUCUCUGGAGUCCAGCCAGAGACUGUUAGGAGGCCUGUUGGGUUGGACAAAGAGCAAUCCAAAAAACAUUCAGAGAGCCAUCAAAAACCUGAAGGAGAUGAACAGAGAGGAGAUCUCUCCUGACAGAAGCAUCAACAUCUUCCAUUGUCUGACGGAGAUGAACGACCACUCAGUGCAUCAGGAGAUCCAAGAGUUCCUCAAGUCAGACAACAGAUCAGAGAAGAAACUCUCUGAAAUUCAGUGCUCAGCUCUGGCCUACAUGCUGCAGAUGUCAGAGGAGGUUCUGGAUGAAUUGGACCUGAAGAAGUACACCGCAUCAGCGGAGGGACGACUCAGACUGAUUCCAGCUGUGAGAAACUGCAGAAAGGCCCUACUUUCUCGCUGUGGAAUCUCAGACACUCACUGUGAAGUCGUGGCCUCAGCUCUGAAGUCCAACCCCUCCCAUCUGAGAGAGCUGGACCUGAGUCACAACAAGUUGCAGAAUUCAGGAGUGAAACUUUUGUCUGCUGGACUGGAGAGUUCAAACUGUAGACUGGAGACUCUCAGUUUGAGUCACUGCAGUUUGUCAGCGAUCAGCUGUGCAUGUUUGGCUUCAGCUCUGAGGCUCAACCCUUCCCAUCUGACAGAGCUGGAGCUGAGCAACAACAGCAAGCUGCAGGAUUCAGAGGUGAAGCUGCUGUGUAAUUUUCUAGAGAGUCCACACUGCAGACUGGAGACUCUGAGACUGUGGAGCUGCAGUUUGUCAGAGAUCAGCUGUGUUUCUCUGGCCUCAGCUCUAAAGUCUAACCCCUGCCAUCUGAGAAAGCUUCAGCUGAGUGACAACAAGCUGCAGGAUUCAGGAGUGAAGCAGCUUUGUGGUUUUCUGGAGAAUCCACACUGCAGACUGAAGACUCUUAGAUUGAGGGACUGCAGUUUGUCAGAGGUCAGCUGUGCUUCUCUGGCCUCAGCUCUGAGGUUGAGCUGCUCCCACCUGACGGAGCUGGACCUGACCGGAAACAAGCUGCAGGAUUCAGGAGUGAAGCUGCUGUCUGCAGCACUCCAGAGUCCACAUUGCAGACUGGAGACUCUGGGACUCAGUGAGUGCAGUUUGUCAGAGAUCAGCUGUGCGUCUCUGGCCUCAGCUCUGGGGUCCAACCCCUGCCAUCUGACAACUCUGGAGCUGAGCAACAACGACCUGCAGGAUUCCGGAGUGAAGCUGCUGUGUGGUUUUCUGGAGAGUCCACACUGCAGACUGGAGACUCUGAGACUGAGUCUGUGCAGUUUGUCAGAGAUCAGCUGUGCUUAUCUGGCCUCAGCUCUGGAGUCAAACCCCUGUCAUCUGACAGAGCUGCAGCUGAGAGGAAACAAGCUGCAGGAUUCAGGAGUGAAGCCUCUGUGUGAUCUUGUGGACAGUCUUCACUGCAGACUGGAGACUCUGGAGUGGAAGUGAAAGCUUCAUCCAGCAGUGAAUGACGGAGGAAUCACAACAAGGGCAGAUGAGUCUCAGAGCUGCAGUCUGAGCUGCUGUGAGAUCAUCUUCACUGAUGUCCAGUCCACUAUCACCCCUGUGUGUUCAUCUGGAUCUGACACAGUCUCUGCAGACACACGGAGACUCCUUCACUCCUCCUGCACCACACUCAGCCACCUCCUCUUGUCUACACCUCCACCUGGGUUUAGAUGCUGCUUUUUGUUUAGGUUUUGGUGUUUGAAAGUGUUUUGGAUCAUCUUAAGUAGGGGUUUUGGAAAGGCUUCAAAAAUCUACUCUUUGUAUUCAAGUUUUACUUUUGUUGCAAAGCGAGAUUUUCUGUCGUUAUGCUUUGAAACGCCACAAUCUGUACCUGAAGAGACCACAGACUGUGUACAAAGACGGGCCGAGGCCUUCAAUAAAACCCAGACAGCAGACCAAAGAUGGUGCCUAUCCAUUCCUAUGGAGUUGCUCGUCUGGUGCAUACAACAAAGAACUUUUCUAACUUCUGGGUCACUGAAUAUGCACAAUAGUGUUUCUCCCCCUGGACCCGCCCACCGGUUCCCAACAUUGUGAUGAUGUCAUAGAUUCUUAAAUUGCUCUUCCCAGCUAGAGAGGAGUUUUAGAAAUAUAAAAACACCAUCGCUCCAACAUUCAGAAUGAAUUCAUUCAGAAUGAGUCAUAAUUGACCUUGUUUGCAGUUGGAGGCGUCCUGUCAACAAUUUAACAGACAUCUCCCUUGCAGGGGUCGUCUAUGGGCAAAUGGUUUUGGGCUGCAGGGGAUUUUUUUGCUGCAAUAUUGCAAGUGGCCACUAGGAAAAAAAAUCUGCUAGGCUGGGCAGCUUUCCUGAGGGUCUGACUACCCCAACUAUAACAUUUUUUUUAGUAUGUUGUUUUUAUGAUUUUUGGAUGACAUACUAUACUUUGAUGGUUUGAUUUUUGACAAUUUUCGGACGACAUACUAUAUUAUGUCGUUUUUUUCAGGUUGCAGACUUGCCAUGACACAAUGGAGCAUUGAUUUGUACUGACAUCCCCCAAUUGUCCGUUUUCAUCUUUAUGCAGUGUCUCAUAAACGCCUUAAAUGAGGAUUCUGAAAUAAACACAUGGAAGUCAUUUCACUGAAUGUCA